AUGCGGGGCCAGGGCCGUAAGGAGAGUUUGUCCGAUUCCCGAGACCUGGACGGAUCCUAUGACCAGCUCACGGGCCACCCUCCAGGGCCCACUAAAAAAGCGCUGAAGCAGCGGUUCCUCAAGCUGCUGCCUUGCUGCGGGCCCCAAGCCCUGCCCUCAGUCAGUGAAACUGGCCGGGUCCUCCGCUUUCUCGGUGACAGUUCGCUCCCUUCAGCAUUAGCCGCCCCAGCCUCCCUCCGCCCCCACAGACCCCGCCUGCUGGACCCAGACAGCGUGGAGGAUGAGUUUGAACUGUCCACCGUGUGUCACCGGCCCGAGGGUCUGGAGCAGCUGCAGGAGCAAACCAAGUUCACGCGCAAGGAGCUGCAGGUCCUGUACCGUGGUUUCAAAAACGAAUGUCCCAGCGGAAUUGUCAAUGAGGAGAACUUCAAGCAGAUUUACUCCCAGUUCUUUCCUCAAGGAGACUCCAGCACAUAUGCCACUUUUCUCUUCAAUGCCUUUGACACCAACCAUGAUGGCUCAGUCAGUUUUGAGGACUUUGUGGCUGGUUUGUCAGUGAUUCUUCGGGGAACCACAGAUGACAGGCUGAACUGGGCCUUCAACCUGUAUGACCUCAACAAGGAUGGCUGCAUCACCAAGGAGGAAAUGCUUGAUAUCAUGAAGUCCAUCUAUGACAUGAUGGGCAAGUAUACGUAUCCUGCACUCCGGGAGGAGGCCCCAAGGGAACACGUGGAGAGCUUCUUCCAGAAGAUGGACAGGAACAAAGAUGGCGUGGUGACUAUUGAGGAAUUCAUUGAAUCUUGUCAAAAGGACGAGAACAUCAUGAGGUCCAUGCAGCUCUUUGACAAUGUCAUCUAGCUCCCCAGGAGAGGGGGUCAGUUGUCCUGGGGGGACCAUGCUCUAGCCCUAGUCCAGGUGGA